GGAUCUGGCGCUGCCAUGGCUUCCGGCGGGCGUCCCGCGCCGCAGACGUCGGCCUCGGAGGUAAGAUCCGUCCGGAGUCCACGCGAGAGUCCGGACGAAAGUCUGGGCGAAAGGGCCUUUCGCUCUCUUCUCCCUCCGCCUGGGUGGAACGUCUCUCUCCCCGCCGCGAUGCGGAGAAGUUUCCCGGAGGCGUGCCUGCGCGGAGCCGCGCGUCUCCCCGCGCCGUCGUGGACCAGACCCACGCGGCGGGCAAUGUGGGCUCCACCAGCUGCGCGCCCCGCCCCCGGCGCCGCUCUGGGGCCUCCGCCCCCGCGGCCCCCUCAGUCCCCAGUCCCCAGCCGGCCCGGGCUGGUGCCGAGCGACUGGGGAGGCGUCCGGGACGAGCGCCGGCUGGACGCCCACCUGACCCAGGCCCAGGGCCGCGAGGCACGCCUGUGGCGGCGUGGCCAACUCCAGGUGGAGAUUUGCGCAGAUUUCCAGGAAGUCGUGUUGUGGCUCCUGCGAGUUGAGAACAUCUUUGACUUCUCCCAGACCACUUUUAACCUGGCUCUCACUAUCUUCAGCCGCCUCAUAGUUUCGGUAAAGAUAAAAAAGUGUUUACUCCAUUAUGUCACAAUUACUUCCUUGAGACUUGCUGCAAAAGUUAAUGAAGAAGAGGAGUUAAUUCCACGCAUAAGAGACUUCAUAAAGCACUAUGGCUCUGGCUGUUCCCCGAAUGAGCUGCUGAGGAUGGAGCUGGCUAUUUUGGACAAACUGCACUGGGACCUCUACAUCGGGACACCGCUGGACUUCUUGACCAUGGUAAGUACAAGGAGUUUCCAGAGUCUACCAUGGACUUAUUGUGCCUUUGGAACAGCUGUUCACAACAUAGGAUGGCAAAGCACACGUCCUUGCACAUGCAGCACAGUGAGGUGACCCACAAGGCUCACAACAUACGGAAGAGCGAAAUGUUGUCUUAAAUCCAACACAGUUCCGCCAGACUCCCACU